CCCUCAUUGUUUUGGAAGGAUGGCCGCCUCUCAGAGUGACAGUUUUCAGAGACCACUGCAAAAUGCUAUGAGACUUGUCAAAGUGGCCAUUCAGCUGGAUACCGGCAACAAACACAAGGAGGCAUACUGUGAAUACUUGAGAAGUAUUAACUACAUCUCGCAUGCUUUGCUCGAGGAUGCAGAAAUCAAACAGGAGAGUGAGAUGGUGUCAGUGGAAGUGGAGAAGAUGGUUAAACUGGCAGAGCAAUGUUUAGAAAGAGUCAAAUCAUGCUUAGAUAGAAGGGAUGAAUUGUCAGCACCAGCAUCCUACUCCACACCAAACCCACUGUCAUCUCUCAAAAAGACCACCGGUCCAGCCAUUAAUGUCAAAAAUGAUUCACAAAUGACAGAAGCAGUAAAUGAGGCAGCAGUGGUUUCUGAGACUCAAAGUAAACAGCAGGCCAACCUUCAACCCACCAGACACCGUAGGGUCCUUUCAGAGGGAGAGAUGGGCUCCCCCUUUCUGCCCCCUGAAGUCUUCCAGAAGUUUCAGAUGGUGGUUUCACAAGACAACAGAAAGGAAUUAACACCUAUUGAGGAGGCAUCCCGUUUAAAUCAGAAACUUAAGGCUAACUAUGAAGCACGGCUGGCAAGACUUACUCCUGGUCAGGCCACUCAAAAGACCUCAUUGACCCUCUCACUCCAAAGACAGAUGAUGGAGAAUCUGAUCAUUGCCAAAGCCAGACAAGAUGCUCUUCAAAGAAAAAUGGAGGAGAGGAGACUUCGCCUUCAGGAAGAAGCAAACAGGCGAUUUGCAAACUGUAACAUAAUGACGCCCGAGGAAGAAGAGCAGAGAGUUUUAUAUGCAAGUGUGCUUGAAUACGAGCAGGAUAAUGAAUGGCCCAAAGUUUGGAAAGCUAGAUUGAAAAAGAGCCCGAAUGAUCCAACACUUGUUUCAGGUCUUAUCAGCUGUCUUCUUGGCUGCCCAGAUCACCCAGUCAUGCAACUACUGAAAAAACUUCAAUACAGCGUGUAUAACCGACUGUACCCCAUUGUGAAUCAGCGUGUUCCUCUAAGCCCAAUGCCUGGUCGCUCACUACAUUUAAAACCUUCACAAAGUGCCCAGAGCUUGCUUCUCUCCGACAGAUCGUUGUCCCCACAGCAGCAACCGAGCCCACUUAAAUCUGCUCUAACACACAGCUUAUCCGACGCCUCCAUCUCCCUUUCCCCGUCCCAUGAUCUCAACGCAAAUGACACGAAGUCAGAGACGGAGCUUGAGUACAACCCAUCUCAAGUUCCCACGGAUCGGGAAAACUCUUUUGAGGAUCUGGAGCAGUUUCUUACUCAGCUGGACUGGGUUCCUUCUCACAGCUGUGAUGACAUGGACCCUGAUGUGACCUUUGACUCGCAGCUGGACAUAGAGUCUCAUGUUCAAGAUCUUGAGGAGCGUGCUCUGAAAGAACAUCUAAAAUCCAUAGUCAAGGAUAUCCACAAUGCCAUUGAUCGCCUGUUGUCUUUAUGUCUUCUUUCAUUUGAAUGUCUCAACACUGCAACUUCAAAGGACCAUUGUGUGGCGAGUAUAGAGGAAGUCUUCUUCACCCCCAUUUGGCACCCUCUGUUUGCACUUUUCAGACAAGUGCAUAGGGAACGGGAGAUGACUGUUGAGAGCAGCAUGCGUCUUCAUCGCAAUGUUUCACCUGGUGAUGUUGGUAUAGCAUCCAAAUUGUUCCCCAGAGAUCCAGCUGUGCUGCCUGGCUCCUACCCAUAUGAAACGGCUGUGCAUGAGUUGAAACUUGUAUGUAGAGACUGUUGUCCUCAGAAAAAACUGGAAUGUAUAGUUCGCACCUUACGAAUUAUCUGCGCCUGUGCAGAAGAGUAUCACCUACUUCAAGAAAGUGACCUUGCACAUAGAUCGGCAGCAAUAGGUGCUGAUGACCUGCUGCCCAUCCUGGCGUUUGUGGCUUUAAAGAGCGAAAUGCCUCAGCUGGUGUCUGAAUGUGCUGCGCUGGAGGAGUUUAUUCAUGAGGGGUAUCUGAUCGGAGAAGAGGGUUACUGCUUGACUUCAAUGCAGAGUGCGCUGACUUAUGUGGAGUCACUGCUUUUGGGUGGAGCCCCACCGCCGGCUACCAAACCUACGUGAGGCAGGUGUCCAGCCAGCGGUAAGGUCUUAUCUUGUUUUGACGGUGCUCAGGAGAUGCUGACCACAGAGAUCUCCUCUGCACAGCCUGUUUAAUCCCAAGUAAAAUCUUCUUCGGAUGCUGCUCUCGCGCUCGGGAAGCCGAAGGUCGCACGCGUUUCAAUGCAUUACGGGCACCACCGUGCGAAUUCAUGAGAAUGUGAUUAGAAAUGAGAUCUGUGUGACAAAAUCUCAUUUAUUUGUAAUGAAAUGAGGCAGAUGUUAUAAAGGGACUUUGCUUUGUUAUUCGAAAUGAAUUCCAGUAUCCUGCUUUUUAUAUACCAGUCUUGGUGAUUUUUAUAUUUGUCCGAGCAUUUCAUAUAGUGAAUUUUAUGAAUUAAGGAGCACUAAAGCACUACUGGCAUUUGGCAUUCUGUAACCUAUUUAUGACAAGAACCAUAAGCAAAUUGCCAUUGAUGUUGUUUUAGCUCAGAAUUUUAGCUUUUGGAGGAAAAGUUGCGCUUGUUAGUCCAAAAUUAUUGAAAUAUUGCCUUUUUUUGUAGCCUGAGCUGUGCAAUUCUCUUGCAAGUCAAUAUACCACUAUACAUAUAUGCAUCAUGUUCGUGUAUGAUUCUUGUUCAGCAACAGUAAUAGAUUUUAGAAUUUUAAAAUGUUUAAAUGCCUUUUCACUCUGAAAGGAGUCUGAAAUCAAUGUGAAAAAAAUAUCCAAAAAACUAAUGCUGCUGUACCAUCUAUCAGUCUCCUCGUGCUGUGAGGGGAUUUAGUAUAAAAUCCACAAUCUCUGAUUUCAGGGGAUUUGGUAUAAGAUCUGUAAUGUUUGUGUACAAAUUUAUUAAUAUAUCUCUAAAUAAAUAUAUAUUUAUAUGUUGUGUUUUAAUGCAGAUCGUUUUAGAUACUGCUGUUGCCAUAUGUUUUGUUGUGGGAAUAUUAAUAGCUUGAAUGUUAACAAAAUCGUCUCUUGUGCUUGAGAGACGGCGACCAUGUAUUUUUACUAAACCUUCCCAGGGUUCUUUGUCUCGGAUCACAUCAAUUCUCAAGAGAUGAAGAAUGCACGUGGGCAUGGUUUAGAAGUGCAUGGCAUGUAAUUAUGAAACAAUAAAGACUCUUUAACCCUU